AGUAGUAGUGUCUCAUGUCUCUUUAAAUGCGGGUUGCGUAGAUCCUUCAUGAAUGAAACCAUGUGAUCCAAACAUCAUUUGACGUCUGGCGCCUCUGACCAUAGACUAAAACAAGUGAAGAAGGAGUGGAUAUAUGUAGACCUGCGAGAAGGCGUGAGCGGAAAAAACAUUUCUCCAACUGUCUCUCUCCACACCGGGUCGACGAGCCAUCGGCGAACCCCAACCCUCGAAGGUGCGGUGGGCGAAAGGCACCGGUUUGACUUCUGGUGUGUUCAGAACAGCAAGGACCUUGUGGCAUGACGACGACUAACAAAGGAAAUAAAGCCUUGAAGGUGAAGCGUGAGCCGGGGGAGAAUGGCACCACCCUCACGGACGACGAGCUGGUGACCAUGUCAGUACGGGAACUGAACCAGCACCUCAGAGGGCUCACCAAGGAUGAGAUCCUGCAACUGAAACAACGGCGGCGCACCCUGAAGAACCGGGGCUACGCCGCCAGCUGCCGGGUGAAGCGGGUCACCCAGAAGGAGGAGCUGGAGAAGCAGAAGACCGUGCUGCAGCAGGAGGUGGACAAACUGGCCAACGAGAACGCUUCCAUGCGCGUCGAGCUGGACGCUCUGAGGUCUAAGUACGAGGCGUUGCAGAGCUUCGCCAGGACUGUGGCACGGAGCCCCUCUGUGGGGGUCGGUGUGAGGGGGGGAGGGGGAGGAGGAGGGGGAGGCAUGGCGUCGUCAGUCAUUGGCCCGCUCAUACCAGGGAAGAUGGCAACGGCGACCAGCGUGAUCACUAUAGUGAAGUCAAAAACAGAUGCACGGUCUUGAGGGAGGGAAAGAUAGAUGAGGGGUUGCAGUAAUUCUUCUUCUCUGCCGACCACCUGUCCUCCACCUGCACUGACGUCAGACAGCUGGGCGGUCUCCAUCACGUCGCCCCAGCACGAUCCCCUGUCUCGGAUCAGUGCAGCGGGAGGAAAGGGUGGAAACAGAUUUUUGAGACUUUAAAGAUGCAAGUCUUUGGUCAGCACAUGAUCAUUUAGCACAGGACAGAUACACAGGGUUCCUACGGUCACUGAAAGCCUGGGGAAGUCAAAUAAUAUGAGAUUAAGUUUAUACCAGGCCAAGGGGGGAAAUAUUUAAGAAUGUCAAUGCCCCAAAUACUUCAAAAAUCAUUCAAACCAAGUAGUAGAACAUUUAAAUUUGCUACACUAGGCAUGUCGUGAUAACUACUUUAUUUAACAUUUUCUUUAAUAUUCAACCUUGGAAUUGGAAAGUGAACAUCACUUAAUUAAAGUAAUUAUAAAAUAGACUCUUAGGCUCUGUUAGCAAAAAUGUGCAAUGUUUGCACAAUGCCAAAAUCCUUUUACAGGUGGGAAAACACAUUGGGCUAACAGGUUGUUUACAUUUGAAUCUUAACAAACAAGCAUGUAAACAAGUAACAUAUAGGUCAGCAAAAUGAUCAUGUCCUUAUAUUAAAGGUUAACGUAAUAAUCGUGACAGGCCUAUGCCACCCAAACAAAGAUAUUCAAACACAAUACAUUUGAACUACAGCCAAUAAGAUGGUGUUUAUGUGUUUUAGAUUGACACAAAGAAUCUUGGGAACCUGAGAUCCAAAAGAAUUUGCAAGAUUUCCCGUGACCUGCUGAUUUAAGUCCCAUCAUGCUCCACCCUAGCCAAGAGCUUUUUAAGAGAAGUACUAGAGAAAAAAUAUAUAUUACACACUGGUGGUAACUGUAUUUCUACUGUUUUGUACCGUGUUGUCAUUCACAUGAGGUCCAAAGUGUAUUCUCUGUGUGUCAAAUGUUAUAUCAGGAAUUCUGUGAAAUUCUGUUGCGCGUGUUCGUUUUGGUAUUGCUAUAUUUAGUUAGCUGUAUUUUUUUCUACGAUCUCUUCACUUAUGUACAGCUCUCUUUAUCUUACCUAUUCUUUCUCUGUCCUUCCAUUUCUCAAUUCCAACUGGUUUCCAUUCUUACACACAGUACUUCCUGGAUCACAGAAACAGAAAACAGAAAGAGGGGCGAUAAGGCAAUUGAUAUUUACCAAAAAAAAAAAAAACACAGCAUACUAUAGAGGAAAGAAGGAUAGGUCACUGACCUUAUUUGUGUUUAUAGGGAUUUUCAGGGAAAUGGUCUUUUGAACACCAGAGCUGAAUCAAGAUAAAAUUGUCUUCUGUCUCUCAAAAGUAUGUUCAAAAUAAUUGGAAGGGCAAGUGCCUUUGGUCUCCUAAUGAUAUGCAUCAACUCAAAGGCAAGAGGAAUUAUGGGAGGACGGUGGAGAUUCAAUGCAGUUGUUUGUUUAUAUACCUGUGCUUAAUGUGAAACACUGACCAAUCAGGAAUCAGGUUGUGGCAGCAUUUAACUGUGCGUUGUUGUAUGAGCUGUGUAGUAGCAAGAUUAUAAAAUCAAUAACACCCAUUUAUGUGACUCGGCAGUUCAUAAACUUAAAUUCUACACUCAAAAUUACCGUUUCAAUAUCAGUUACGUACCCUGCGUUCCCAUGAAUUCUUGAAGAAAUGUUUGUAUUUCGUAAAAUCCAAAGGUUAAAGGAGAAUCAAAAAAUGUAGAAACAUUUAAGUGAUUUUAAGUAAAUUGGGGCCACAUCUUAGAACAGCAAAACCAAAGCAUCUUUGCUAAAACAUUAUUAUUAUUACACUUUGGAGAGAAGCAAGCCUGCUCAACACUGAGACUAUUAAUGCAGAAUGUUUAAAAUCGUAAUUUUUUACUAAAUUUAUGCAUUUGGAAAGUAUGGGCAAUUUAGUUUUGCUGUUUUUAAAGACAGCCACUACUAUUUGGAAUUAAAUUAAAUUGGAUUCUUUUCCAUUUUUGGUUUCUUUUAUCACUGUGGAGUAUGCUAAUUUUCUUCAUAAACUCAAGGUAAUACAGGAUGAGUUAUUGAUUUAGAAAAGAUCACUUUGUUGGUGAAGUAUUCCUUAAACAAAAAAAACACGCCAUUUUCUUGCACAGGACAUGCUUUUUGGAAAGCAGUUAUGAGUAAAAAUCUGCUUUAUGCUAAUAAUAUGGUUUGCAUGUUUACGGAUUUGAUUGGCUACUGACUCAAAAAUCUAGGUUAUUUCACUUUCAGCAUUAUUCUCGCCUCAAAUCAAAGUGAUUAAUCUUGCAUUUCUCGCAUUAAACCACAAAGUGAUCUGACUGAAAGUUCAGUCAGCCAGCAACGCUUUCCUCUGAAUUUCAAGUCACACAAAUGGGAUGUCAUGUCACAGUUUUACCAUAAAAGUAGUCUUACGUGGUGUACUAUACUCCAAGAAUCUGUGUCUAUGUACGGUAGAGUCUGGAAUUUUAUAAAGACAAUUAUCUUUGCAUUGUUUGUAACGACCUGUAAAAAAAAAAAAAAAAAAAAACAUGUAACAAAAUCUGUUUGAUAUACAGUAUCGCUCUAUUUUGCAAUUGUACCAAAAGUGGCUUAACUACUGAAUAGCUUUGUUUCUUCUCUUGUGACUAGGCACGUGUGUGUAACCGUGAACUAGCGUGUGGUGUGCUGUGUAGGUAUGUGACGAGGUAACUAUAACUAUUUCAUGCAUAUGACUUUGAUCCUUGUUUGAUUUCAGGCCAAAGCGGGUGAUGACACUGUGGGUAACUUUCUCUAAUCAUAAGAUCUUUGUCCUCCCAGCCCCAUCACUCAGCUCUUGCACUGCAGACGUGUUAGACGUGUGUUUAUCUGCACUCAUCAUUUGUACAUCUCAAGUCUAUUAAGUACAUAUUGCUGAACAGAAUCUCUGCGGCUUUAUUUUAGUCCUUUCAGCGUUGAAAGCUCAUAUCGACCGAUGAGAUGAGGAAGUGUUAUGGUUAACCUCACAGGAUAUAUCGUGUAUUUAGGUCAUCUGGUAAAGUUAUAGCGAUGUAAAACUCAACAAUGGGCCUGUGUGGCUGCAUCACCCCCCUGCUCCAACAAUAGGUUAUUUUUGUAGUGUGUGUGUACAUUUUACAUAGUUCUGUAUAUGUAAUGUUCCUGUUUUGUUUUGUACUGUAAGUGUCAGGGAAGUGAAAUUUGUUAAUGUAUUUGGUGUUUUAUGAAAUGAAAAUACUCUGCUGUUUAAUGGUUUGUCUGUCCAAGAGUUAGGUUUACUUCACAAAGUACAGUUGCCUCAACUGGAUGGGUUUUUUUUUUUAGACUAAUGAAAACCUGAUAUGAGUAAUUUACCGAAAUAUAGAAGCAAUUUACAUGAUAUAACAGUCCAUACAUGCAGCCUUUUUCCUGAACCGCUCCUUUUCCACUGUGAAAAAAACGUGGUGAACCAGCCUACUGCUGUGCAGUUAUUAAAAUUAGCGAUGUGUGUCUGAAUCUACGUCAAUAUCAAAUCAAACAGGUGAACAAUGAGCAAAAGCAUUGGAAGGGAAAUGUGUUUAAAAAAUAUGAUUUAUCUUUAAUCUUCACACUGUACGUUAAGCUAACCGUGAAAUUUGAGAACUACAAAUGUCAAAAUGAAAUGUCUAAUACAUUUUAUUUAAAUGUCUUAUCACAGGAAUAACCUCCAUGGUAUUCAGCCACAAGCAUGUAUAGGUAUCACAUCAGUAUAUUUAUGUACGUGCCCUUUAUUUUUAAUUUAUUUUAAAAUGUCUGUUUUGUGCACUCAGAAUAAUAUUAUUAUCUGCUGGAGUUUUUUCCCUAUAUUAUUUCGCUCAGUUGUAUUUUUAUUUGCUUUUUAAAUUGUAAUUAUUUUUUUCUGGCUCAUACUGUGUUGUGUGCGAGGUCAUGGCGGUAUAAAUUACAGGGGAUAACAACCAAGGGUUUAUUUGUGUCAAGUUGAUGCAGAAAUAUAAAACUUCCUGAUGCCUGUGAAUUGUUAUUAAACGAUGCAUACUGUGUAAGCAAAACUCUGUUAACAUGGUGGCUGCUGUUUAAUAGACAUUAAACAUAAUCAAGAAAAAGUAGACAUCCUGCGUGCCAGGAGCAGGGAUACUUUCGUAGCUGUUGCGUGGAGUUGACUCUUUAUAAAAGCAGGUGUGAUGUGACGAUGUUAAAUAGCCAAUGCUCAGUGGUUAUCAAUGUAUUUGGGGUUGUAAAUGCCAGCACCAGUUUGUCUCUCUUUUUUGUGUUGUAGCUUACACUGCUUUUUUCACCAUGUCACUUAACAAUCAACUGUGAAAACAUUUAAACCAUCAUAUAGUUUGAUUAACUUCCAUUUGAGAAGAAGGAACUCAAGAAAAACAUUACUUUUGUCUUCCCGACUUUGUGUUUGUUCUAUUUCUCCAGUGUAAAACAGUCAGGGUGUUAAGUCUCUUAACAAAUGAGGUGAACUAUUUCUUCCUAUUCUCUGCAGACAUGAUCAGCUGACAAAUAGACCUUCAGCGAUUAUCAGACAGGGCAUCUUGGUGGCUUUUUUCAUAACCAAGUUUAUGAGCUUGUUAGACAACGCUGACCUUAUUUUCCUCUGCCUGUACAGGGGUCAUACCAUCUAUAUGAAGAGACAUUUCAUUACAAAUCUAUGCUCCUAAACUUGCUUCCAUAAAUAUUUUACAGAGGCAGAAAGGGGUGGUGGAGACACAUCGGAUGAAACCCCACUCCAUUUAUCCCAGCCCUUUUUUACAAAGUGUCAGCGAGUUAACUCAGCAGCACUUCUACAAAAGCUCUGAUUCUUCUAGAAGAUGCAAAUCAUUAGCUCUUUAUCCCCCUGCCUGCCCGACCAGCAUGUAUUCAAUCAGUUGUUUUCCUGUCUGGUGAAUCACGCCACCGGACCUUAAAAGCCCUUUUACCCUCCUCCAUGCCGAUCGAUGGGAGUAAAUGAACCAAGGAUUCCUUUGAUCGUUUGUUUGGUGUUUUCAUCAAUAAUAAUGUUGGUUUUAUACUUCCUUCUGCUGCUCUCUCUUACUCUCUGCCCUUAUCAGUUUUAAAGCCUUUAGCAUACAAUACUUACCCAGAGUUUCACAUCACAUUAACUUAUUUAUUUGUUUUGCUUUUCAUUGUAACAUUCUCUCUAUUUUUACCACUUUUUCCCCCCAUUUAACCAUGUGAUUAUGUGCAUUUUGACAGGUUAUUCAUGGGAAAUGUUUGUGUUUCUAAAAGUAUAUUAUGGUCAGUUUAAAGCUAUAGAAAUGUAGUGACUCUGUGUGAAUUUGGCAUAGCCUGUUCAGAAAAAGCCCUUGUUAUAGGAAAUUCUGUGUUUUGUAAUAUUUCUGUAUGGGGUGUAAUAAAUUAUUCUAUGACAGUACUUUAUAUGGGAAAAUACUUUAAAUGUGACAGUCUUUGUAAGUAUUUAUCUUUAACUAAAUUAUUGUACUUCUUUGUUUUGCAAUUUGUAGAUAUGUGAGGUGAUGAUCACAAGGUAUUGGUAAUCAUGAAAUUAACUGUUUUAUCAUCGGUCUGACACAUCUCUUAAUUUAUUGAUGUAUAUACUGUAUGUUUGUUGAUAAACAGCUUACUUUAUUUUGUAUAUGACCAAUAAACUUGUUUUGAAAUGGAA